AUGGAAACUGAUUUGGAUUUUGAUAAUCCGUACAACUCUGAUGAGCGUCAAUUUGAUAGUGCUAUGAAUGAUUCCACCAUAAAUGGUGAUGAAGAUCACGGUCUGCUAUAUCACGAGGUGUGGGAGAACACUCACCGUGCUGAGAUUGAUGAGGAUUUUGUUGAAAACCAUGAGACUCUUCCUUCUGUUGACGUGCAAGCUGAUGGCCGGUUUGGCGUGAUUUUCAAACUUAUGAAGGUGUCCCUUAUUUGGUUGCGCCUCGAAAUUAUGGGUUGAUGCUAAACAUUGACUGGAUGCAGCCAUUUGAGCACACCAUAUAUUCUGUAGGGGUACUAUAUCUCGUGUUAAUGAACCUUCCCCGAAAUGAAUGCUUUAAACAAGAAAAUGUAAUUCUUGUUGGGAUCAUUCCUGGACCAAGUGAACCCCCCUCUAAAUAUCAACACAUAUCUGUCCCCCCUUGUGGACAAACUUCUGGUUCUGUGGAAUGAUGGGGUUAUGAUGAGACAUGCUUGUUCGUUUUUGCCUGAACGUUUUAAAGCUGCAUUACUAUGCGUUGUGUCGGAUAUCCCGGAUAGCAGGAAAGUCUGUGGUUUUAAUGGUCAUCAUUCCAGAAUGGGGUGUAAUAAAUGCACCAAAGCGUUCGAAGUUGGGGGAGUAGGUGUGCCAAAUGACUACUCAGGGUUUGAGAACUGUAGAGGGAGAAAUGGUGAAGAACAUAGGAGACAGAUUGACGAGGUAUUGGCACAGACAACACAGGAAGCUAGAAGUGCUACUGAAGCUUUAUAUGGUGCCCGUUACUCGGAACUUCUUAGACUUCCUUACUUUGACUGUGUCCGUUUUACAGUAGUAGAUCCCAUGCAUAAUCUCUUCCUGGGGACAGCAAAACACCUCGUCGAAGUUUGGUUGCAAGUGUUGACUUUAAGUGCGAAUGAUCUAUAA